AUGGACAAGAGUUGGAUGAAAAUCACUGAUAGAUUUCGAUCCAGUGAAUAUGCGACAGGCGUUAAAGAUUUCAUUACUUUGGCUCAAUCUCAUUCUACAAGUGAUGAAAUCCGGUGUCCAUGUACCCUAUGUUUAAAUAAUUAUUUCCUACCUAUAAGUCAGGUAGAGAGACAUCUAUUCAUUAAAGGUAUUGAACCAACUUACACAACAUGGAUAUUUCACGGCGAGGAGGAAGAUUUACCUUUUAUUGAUGAUGACGAUCUUCAUGAUCCCGAACAAGCUGAUCCCUACAUUGAUGACAUUGAUGUUAUGUUACAAGACAUUCAGGCAGGGAAUUUCCCUAAUGUUCCUUCACCCGAGUCAUUCUAUGCCGGGGGUUCAACCUCAGUCAGAAGUGAAUCAACCAUGAAUUUUGACCAGUUGUUGGUUGAUUCACAGCGUCCUCUUUAUGAAGGUUGUUCCAAGUAUUCUAAACUUUCAUUUUCAGUUAAGUUGCUGCACAUUAAAACACUUGGUGGCUGGAGUGUAAAGUCAUUUGACAUGCUUCUUCAAGUACUACAGUCAACUUUUUCGAAUGCUCUUUUACCGAAAUCAUAUCAAGAGGCACGGAACUUAAAGCGAGGCCUGGGAUUUUCUUACACAAAAAUACAUGCUUGUCCAAAUGAUUGCAUACUUUAUUGGAGGGAAAAUGCAAAGAAACAAGAGUGCCCUAAAUCAGCUAAUAUGAGGUGGCAUAGGGAUCAGCGUGUCAAUGAGGAAGGUAUUCAAAGGCAUCCUGCUGACUCUAAGGUCUGGAAGGCAUUUGAUCAAGAACAUACUUGGUUUGCAGAAGAUCCUCGAAAUGUACGGCUUGGUUUAGCCAGUGACGACUUCAACCCCUUCAAUAAUUUGGCAAAGCCUUACAGUAUAUGGCCAGUGAUUUUGGUGCCUUACAACUUGCCCCCGUGGCUAUGCAUGAAAGAUCCAUUUUUCAUCACCUCAUUGUUGAUUCCUGGACCAAGGUCUCCAGGAAAUGAUAUCGAUGUUUAUUUGCAGCCUCUAAUAGAUGAACUAUUAGAUCUAUGGGAAAAUGGUGUCGAUACAUACGAUGCCAAGGCCACAGAGACUUUUCGAUUGCAUGCAGCUUUAAUGUGGACAAUUAACGACUUCCCUGCUUACGGAAAUCUCUCUGGGUGGAGCACUAAGGGGAAGAUGGCAUGUCCAUCGUGCGAGCAAGAAACAGAUUCGCUGUAG